CGGCAACAUUGAACGUUCACGUGCGUCACAAAUUCUCAAAACUCGAGUCUAUCGGUUUUCUCAUUUUCUGGCGGCCGCCUGCAUGUUUUUUUUAUUAGAUAGGUAGAUAAUAAUUAUCAACUACUUAAGACACCUAUCACUUUUUGCUCAUCGCCCAUCACAGGUGUUCGGUCGGUCACUCAUUUGCCAUCGUUGCCCUCCAGCUAUAGCUCCAUGAGACAAAGUCAAAGUGACAAAUAUCCGCGACGGCUGGACCAACCGUCCGACAGACUACCUACCGGACAUUAGAUAACAAGUAUCAGUUACCACCUCUCUACAAAAUAGACACAUUUUUUACCAUGCUCAUUAGUCAUUACUAUUGAAUAUUAUUAUUGUUGUUGUCGUUGUUGAUAACGGUGUUAAUAUUCGAUACUCAUUACCGAGGACGUGCGCAUAUUGCUGCCUUUUACGUAAUAAAAUAAUUGUUAAAGCGUAGUUGUAUUGUAGUGAAUAUUUACGGCGAGCGCAUUAUUAGUAUAAUUUAUCGCGAGUCGUCGGUCGAUCGAUUACCGACGAUUAAACGACUAGUCGAGUUGGUUUUGUGAUUUUCUGGUCGGCCGACGGAGUUUCUCAAUUAAUUGCAACAGGUUGUUGAUUGAUAUCAAAUUUAAUUUCAAAAUGUCUGAAAGUGUACAGACUGAAACAAUUACAAAGCCUGAAAAAAGUGCAGCUGAUAGUACUUCAACAACAAAAAAAAAUAGUAUUCUUAGACACCGUAAAAUACCCUCUGCUGAUUUAAAUAAUAAAUCAGAUGAAUUAAUAGCAGAGAAAACUGAUUUAUUAUCUGGCCCUUCAAAUGGAAACAAUGAUAUGACGUGUAGUUUAUCCAAUGAAACAAAUGAAAACAUGGAUAUAGGUACUAUGGCUCAAGCAGAGUUUCAGCAUGUUGCUGCUCAAGCCCGUGAUCUUGGCCGUAAAAUGUGGAAUGUGUGUAAUUUUCACAACUUACCUCAAUGGCUCCAGGAUAACGAUUUCUUGCAUACAGGACAUAGACCACCAUUAAAUUCAUUUCAGGCUUGUUUUCAAUCUAUUUUUCGAAUUCAUACUGAAACUGGAAACAUAUGGACACAUUUGUUAGGGUGUAUUGCGUUUUUUGUUAUGACUCUUUAUUUUGCAUCUAGACCUGAAGAAGAACUUUCAUUUCAAGACAAAUUAGUUUUCAUUAUAUACUUUAUUGGAGCAAUUACUUGUAUGGGUUUUUCAUUUGUGUUUCAUACUGUUCAUUGCCAUUCAGAAACUGUUGGAAAAUUUUUUAGCAAAUUGGAUUAUUGUGGAAUUGCCAUACUGAUAAUGGGUUCAUUUGUGCCAUGGUUAUAUUAUGGAUUUUAUUGCGAACCAUAUUCGUGGAUAUUGUAUUUAAUACUGAUUGUUGCAUUGGGAAUGGUGGCAAUGGUUGUAGCACUGUGGGACAAAUUCAGUGAUCCUGGUCUUAGGCCACUCAGAGCAGGUGUUUUUACUACAUUUGGAUUGAUUGGUGUUAUACCAGCACUUCAUUAUGGAGCAGUAGAAGGAUUCUUUUCUAACUUUACAUUAAUUAGUCUUGGAUGGCUGUUACUCAUGGGCUUUUUGUACAUCUCUGGUGCUUUAUUGUAUGCGUUAAGAGUACCAGAAAGAUUUUUCCCUGGAAGAUGUGAUUUAUUGUUCCAAAGUCAUCAGAUAUUCCAUGUACUCGUUAUAUUGGCAGCAUUUGUUCAUUAUCAUGGUAUUACCAAAAUGGCAGAAUAUCGGCUGAGCAAAGGCGAAUGUGAAGUACGCCCUGCUGUUGUUUAGUACAAGAUUUUGGUAGGUGAUGGAGUUCUUUUGAAUUAUACAACUGUUAGUUGUCCAAUUUGAAGGAGAACCUAGUUUCUAUGCUGAUACAGAAAUGAUUAAAAUACAAUUAUAUUAUUUAAUUCAGAAAAAAAUGUAUAACUUAAAAACUGAAAGAAAAAAAAUUGCUAAGGAUUACAUUACAAUUUAGUUUCUGUUUUAUGUAGAUUUAUAUUUAAAUUAUAAUUUAAUUAAAAAAAAAAAAAAAUGCAUAUA